CGUUUCCGAAAUAGUUUUUUGGCAUAGUAAUCUAUGAGACACAUCGCAGCAAAGUAACAGACCUCCUUCAUGUUCAUCGACGGCGGUCACAUAUCCGGAUCAUACUGAAUACAAGAAUGAACGAAUUGCUACAGCUACUACUACUACUACUACUACUACUACUACUGUUAUUGGGUGUGGGUUGGUGGAUGAAUGCUCUACUCCAUUCCAUCAUUCUCUUUUGGAGGCCCCUGUUGGCUUGCCAAACGGACACGUUAUGGCCUCACGGUAGAACGGCUGACUAUUUACUGCUUGGCAAUCAUGUCUAUACAUAUGUAAUUGUGACGGUAUGUUUGAAAGCUGGCCUUUCAAUUAAUUCGUGGGCAUGGCUAACGCAUACCUCUAUUUGGGGUUCGAUAGCGUUACGGUUUCUUUACAUCAUCACGUAUAGUAAAUCUUGCCCAUUUCCCACUACUAUAUUGCUACUAUUGUUACUAGCACUGCGAAUGCUACAGUUACUACUUAUAAAUGAAGUAUUAUUGUCAAUUUAAUAAAUUUUGCCAAAGAAAUAAAUUCCAAGACUAAAGUCUUUAAUUACUAGUAUCUCAGGCUAUCGGCUUUAAUGCACCCUAUUAGAAAAAUGAUAUGAAUGGCAGCAAACUAAUUAGGCAUUAAAAGGGUAUUGAAUAGAUGGGAAGUCAAAAAGGCGCCGUACUCUCACCAUACCAAAGGUAUAGAGACUUAGAACGUAUCUAUGCGAAUCUCUUAGGAGAUAAGAAACAAAUUCGCGAGGAUAGUCGGCAAUUCAACUCAAUCGAGGUCCAAGAGAAGCAAAUGGUCUUUCCGUCGGAGGAGAGCAUAUGACAAGAUCACGGAUUUUGUUUCUUAUAAGUUGUCAAUGAGUGCAACAAUAUCAGGGUUAGCGUAUAAUUCUGUUAACAAUAGACUUGUGUAAAUUUAUUUUAAAAUUUUAAAACGUGUUUGUAUUAUUAAAAAUUAUAAAAAGUCGGUUAAGCAAAAAUUUUCAAGUG